UACUGUGCUACUACCACUUACUGUCACUGAAAUAUUCAGUCUUUGGCGAAAAAUUAAUUUUCCGAAAGAAAAUGUAGAACUUUUCACCUUGCAGAUCGUCAAAGCACAUCAAAAAAAAUGAACAUAAUGCGCAAACUGCGCGGGAGUGGAAGUGUUAGUGUGAUGGGUUCCACAGGUAGUGGAAAUAUGGAUGAUUGCGCUGGGGGAGUGAAUCCGCAGCAUACAGCACUAGGUCUCAUGCACCUAAAAAAGCUCUAUAUGGAAUAUAAUCAUCUUCCUCACACUCUCUCCGAUUCUGAACGCGAUGACAAACUCUACAACAUGUUGCCAUUAUUUUGCAAGGUAUUCGGAUCUAGUCCCUCUGGCGAUAUGAACGAAAAAUUCUGGGAUAUUUUACCGUUCACUCAGCAAGUGUCUAAACUCAUGGUGUCAGAAAUUAGACAAAGAGCGAGCAACCAGAGUACAGAAACAGCGAGCUGCGCUAUAGUUAAAUUUCUCGAAAUUGAGAAUAGUGAGGAAUCGAGUAACGGUUGGAUGUUACUCUCAGCUUUGAACUUACUUGCCGCUGGAGAAACUUCACUUAUACAAGCCAUGACCACAGCAUCUGUACCUUCAACAUUGGUGAAAUGCCUUUAUUUGUUCUUCGAUUUGCCCGAAAUGAGUGAAGAAGAAGCGGAUAUUGCUGACGCAAACAGUGAAUUCACUCCCAGGGAGCGAAGGAUAUUGUUACAAAAAAUUUUUGUUCAAUUGUUGGUGCGACUUUGCAGUCAUCCUUACCCAGCUGAGGAAUUGGCUCGAAAAGAUGACUUAACGUUACUUUUCUCAGCAAUUACGAGCUUGUGUCCCCAGUACAAUGUAAUGUGGCGAAAAAGUGCCGCAGAAGUUCUUAUGACUUUGUCAAGACACGGUCUUACCCAGAAUGUUGUGUCUUACAUUCAUAAUAAAGGAUGCAUUGCUCUUUGUAUUGACAACAUGCAGCGAGUCCCAGAAUUGGCUCCACUUGAAGUGGUUGAAAUGUUUGUCACAGUGUUUUGCUUCCUUAAAGACUCGAGCGAAGUUUCACAAAUGCUUCUAGACGACUUCCGGGCUUGCCAGGGUUAUAUAUUUUUAUCGGAAUUUCUUUUAAAACAUGCUCCAUUGAGAUUGGAACAAGACAACAGGGCCGAAGCACAGGAUGCCAUAAGAAAUUUGGUUUUAAUGCUGGCCUCUCUUACAAUGUGUGGACAUACAGAGUUAAAACCCAGUCAAGCAAGCAUGGGUUCUCUCUUUCAAAUAUUCGGCUUUACUCUGCCACAACCCAGCAAUAGAGGCGGAAGUGUUCGCAAUAUUCAAGCUUUUCAAGUACUGCAGUCUGUCUUUGUAAAAUCCAAUUCGCCUCUUUUAUGCUGCACGAUACUUGACGCCAUCUCGAGCGUUUACCACAGCGAUAAUGCGAAUUACUUUAUUCUUGAAGGACAGAAUACGCUUUCACAAUUCGCUGAAAAGAUUCACUUGAAAAACCCCGAGAUUCAGAGAAAAUUCUUUCAACUCUUAGAAUUUAUAGUUUUUCAAUUAAACUUUGUGCCUUGUAAGGAACUCAUAUCCCUCUCGAUAUUGCUGAAGACGCACAACUCAAUCAGCUGCAGUAUUAUGUGUAUGGAAACUCUCAUCAACAUUUUGAGACACAAUACCAUAUUCAAGGAUGUUUACAGAGAAGUAGGUCUCUUGGAAGUAUUUGUCACGUGUCUACAUCGCUAUGCUACGAUUUUAAAAGAUAAGCAAGCUGCUCAGGACCAGGGCUUGGAAUAUAAAAUAAGCCCAGAAGACGAAAGACUAGGUGCUUUGGUAAUGGAAUCACUGACAACUUUAUUAGCAGGCAAUGUUCAAAAUGCCAACGUCUUCAGGGAAUGUGGAGGAGCUCGCUGUGCACACAAUCUUGUUCCGUACAUGGAUUGUCGCUACCAAGCUCUUGGAAUCGUGCGAGAAUUAAUUCUAACAGCUGGAGGAGAUGACGACAUGGCCACUUUAUUGGGAGUCAUGCAUUCAGCACCCCCAACAGCUCUCGUUCUAAAAACUCAUAUACUAAAGUCUCUCCUUGCCUGCCUUCGAGAAUCUCAUCGUACAAGGACCGUUUUCCGAAAAGUCGGCGGAUUCGUUUAUGUCAUGUCCGUUCUUGUCUCCUUGGAAGGUCAGCUCGGACCUCCGGCGUGUGAACCUUGCAACAAAGUUCCGCAGGAUGAAUCUCAAUUAUUGACUCUAUUGUACGUCGUUUUUCACACAAUAAGUACUGCCAUGCGCUUCGAACCAGCGAACGCGAAAUUCUUUCAUCAUGAAAUUUGCCAAUCAAGUUUGUGCGACACUCUUCGACUUCUAGGCUGCUUUUCUACGCAAAUAAAGCUCUCUGAAACAGACGUCGCAACGACUCACAAUUUCCACAACACUUUGCUCGCUUUAUUCACCGGCAGCACUCUCAAUCCAGCAUUUCCAACUGAAAUACCACAGUCGCUUGGGUACGCUUGUUUACUUUUACGGCUUUUAUAUGACGUCGCACUCGAUGCCUUUGAUAAGCCAAAUUUGGCCGGAGUUGGUAUGAGGUCACCAAGUCACAGACAGAGCAGCGUUGAGCAUCCAAAGUGUGUGGAUUCUCCCCUUGCGGCAAAAAGAAGCGCUGUAAAUUCUCUCAAUUUAAAUCCCCCAGUUCCAGAGCCUAUUAUUGUCCAUCCUGGAAUCGUAGUUGGGAUGCUGCAUCUCUUGCCCUCGAUAUCAGAUGAAUCGAGUCCUCAAAUCGCUCUCGCACUUCAAUUGUACGUAGCCGAGGUGAUAAAAAGUUUGGUUCGUUCGGAGAGAAAUCAGCAAAUAAUGUGCGAGGCUGGAAUGGCUGGAGAGUUAUUAUCCAUGGGGAGAAUCGCUCUUCAGGAUGAAACGCAUCCACUUCAUCAACCGUUGCAGUAUAUUAUCGAGCGCCUUGCGGCUCAGGCUUUGGAACCAAGAGAUUUGAGGGAGUUUCUUCGACUGGGAGAUCCUUUGUGUUGCAUAUCCCUCGAUGAUGUUGAGCAAAAUAAACCAAAAGGUGGACCAGUUCCUCUCACUCGGAUUAAAACUCUCGUGUCGAUGACGACACCAAAGGAUUUUAGGGCUCACGGAUCCUGCACGUUGCCUCCGUUUGUUGAGUUUGAUAUGAACGCUGAAGGCUUUGCUUGCUUGUAUCUUCCGAGUGUUGCGCCGCAGAGUAUCACGCCACCUACGGUUGUGUCUGCUGAUAACAGUGUUGUUGGUGGUAUUGGAUCUGGAGAUAGACCUUUUCCACCACAAACUGGGUUAACGUAUAGUACUUGGAUAUGUGUGGAUAAGUUUAGUGAUCCGAGAACAGACCCGCACUGUGUGAGACUGCUGACUUUGGUCCGAAGUGUUUCUUCGUCGAAAGAUUUGAUAUGUCUUACGGCUGUUUUGAGUGCAAGGGAUAAAGCUAUCAUUGUUUCUACCCAGGAAACUCCUCUGCCUCAAAAUGUUGGCGAAUGGGAACCAGAGGGAACGGAAGAAUGUGGCGCAAGAGUCUGGUGUCCAGAUUUACUUCACGAAGGACAGUGGCAUCACAUUGCAAUCGUUUUAAAUCGUGCUGUUUUGAAAAAUUCGAGCUUUUCAUUGUAUCUGGAUGGACAGCAAAUUUACAGUCAGAAGCUUCAUUAUAUAUCACAAACACCUGGAGGCGGUGCAGCAAAUUUAACUGUAGCUGCUCCAGUCUACGGGUACAUUGGAACGCCACCAUGUUGGCGUCGAUAUUCUAAACUAACUUGGAAGCAAGGGCCUUGUCACCUAGUGGAAGAGGUUUUUAAUUCCCAAAGCAUAGCUACGUUAUUUAAACUCGGGCCGCAUUAUAUGGGCAGUUUGCAAGCCCCACAGCUCAUUGGUCCUGAACCGUUGACAUCACUCGUCUCUGAAGAAAAGGUUGUCUUUGGCUUGAAUGCAAAAGCAGUAUCAACACUCACGUUAGCAAAAAUUCGUAAAGUCUAUAGAAGAGCUGACAAUAAAGCAAUCGCUAAGCAGCUUGGCAUGUCUUCGCAUGAAAACGCCACACCCAUAAGAGUUUUGCACAAUUCAGCUGGUCAUCUGAGUGGUCCGGCAAGAUGUUUGGGUGGUGUAGUUGUUGGAUAUCUUGGUGUCCGAGUUUUCAAUCCGCGUCCUGUUGCAAUCAUGAUUGAUAACGUUGGCGGAUGUUCAGUGUUGCUAGGAAUGAUAGCAAUGAUGCAAGACGUGGAAUCUUUAUACGCUGCUGUGAAAGCAUUGGUCUGCGUUGUGAGAUCAAAUCAAGCAGCGCAACAAGAAAUGGAUAGACGCAGAGGAUAUCAAACUUUGGCAAUGUUACUUAGACGAAAGUGUCCCCUUCUCAACAGUCAUAUUCUUCACCUAACUUUUAGUUUGGUAGGAACGGUCGACAGUGGAAGAGAAACGAGUGCGAUUCCAAACGUAACUGCUUUUCAGGAUCUUUUGUGCGACUUGCAGGUCUGGCAUGAAGCACCCGGAGAAUUAUUGCGUUCUCUUCUGGAACAUUUGUAUGAAUUGAUAGCAGAAUCUAGUGAAAAACGAACCAAUUUACGAUUGAUGAGAGACUUGCAGUUGGUGCAUAAACUCUUGCACAUUUUGGGAGAUGUUAAGCAAAAUUCGACGAGACAAGUGCUUUUAGCAUUGCUGAGCAUUCUCUUGAGUCAGCCACGCCAGGCUGAUCUUUUAUGGUUUGGACAGUACAUAGUAUCGACACUGCCACUAUCUUCUGAAAAACACCUGGUUCCACGAGAAGGUGAAGGAUGCAAAGAAGUAGAGGGUGAAAACAUUCUUCUCAGAAAUCGAUGCCUGCAUCUCUUGCAUUCUCUUUUAUUCAACGGUUGUAAAUUAAAUGCAAACAUGUGCGAUGAGGUAGCAAAAGUUUUAGGACUGGAUUGGGUUUUACUCUUCCUUCAACCUGGUCUUCACAGCAGUACUGUCGUCUGGGGUUUGCGAAUACUGGUCGCCGUUUGUUCGGUACAAUCGAUAUUAUUAAAGUUCAGGGAAGGAACUAGUAACGGUGGUUGGCUGAGAUACACAGACCAUAACAAGGUGGCCUUGGCUCUCGGCUGCAAUCAGCAAGUAUCCGGAGGAGAAAAUAAAUCCACAGGUCUGCACGUUCCAGGAUUCCAACACUUGGGGUGGUUGCUUCCACAACACGUGGAUCUCGUUCCAGAACUCUACUUCUUGUUCAUUGCUCUCAUGAUGGGACAGCCAAUAAAAUUGCUACCAGCUGAUUCGAAACUAGACCUGGACAACGUUUGGAACUUUAUGUUUGGGAUGCCAGCAAAUCAUUCCCUCUCAUCUUACGCCAGCCGCAUCAAUCUGUGUCCCGAGGCUGUAGUCACAUUGCUGACAAUGGUUCGCAUGAUGGUUAAUCGCUUCACAAAUUCUCCAGACACUCUACCAGAGUGGCUUCACGAUUAUCCCGUGACGAUAAUACAGUUCCUCUUCUUCUUGUAUCACAACUUUACAGACUUUAUGCAGGUGUUCAUGUCAGCUGAAGUUCUGGGUGGAUUGGCAGGGACUUUGUUUCCAAAGCCGUUGAGCUGCAGUCAAGACAGUAGCGGAGCAAGUACUCCAGCAGAUGACGAACCAGUAGUUCUAGUCAGAUCUCCCUCAAAAGAUGUCGGCCUUACAAAGCAUCCAGUACGAAAGUUUGUCCUGGACUUUUUGCGAGUAAUCGUCGUGGAUUCUCUCUCUUUAACUGUGUCUGCAAAGUCCCCACCCGCAAUAGAUCUCGUUCUCGAAGCUUGGCCUGAACAUGCUUCCACUGGGCAGCAGAUCACCUUUCAAACAGAGGUCUUGUCUAUUUUGAUGGAGCAUUUGUUAGCAGCAGACGUUUUAAUUGGUGAGCAAGCAGCUCUACCAGUUGUUCCAGGCGGAUCAAUAAACAACAUUAUCAACAACGUCUGCUAUGUCGCCGCUCGAAUAGUAGACAAACUUUGGCAAGGAUCGUUAACCAAAGACCCCCACGAGGUCUUUGACUUUAUUGUCAAGCUAAUCGGACAAGCGAAACGAAGACCGGGAGCUGUCAGCAUGGAAGCUCUUCACCAUUGUCUCAAUCGAACGAUCCUCUUUCUCCUGUCUAGAUCCACAGAGUCCACUCCCGAUCAAAUGUCAGUGCUGCAAGCUCUUCAUAAAUUAACUGAACAUAGAGUUCUAGUCUUUGGUGCUGGCAACCACGAACUCGAAUUCUACGGCUGCCUGACUUACUGUUUACUUCAGCUAACAGCGGACAUUAAAAUAAUGCUCGACACAAAUAUGAAAACGACCUGGCACGUCAACCCACAAGUCGAGUGUAGCGACGACAGAUUAACAGCUCACCAAGGUCACAAUUUGAUGACCGUUGCGGCUACUAGAGUCUGGGAGGAACUCUACGCUUGUAAGAAGCCUGCGAUCGAAGAAGUCUUCAAAGUCAGCCUUCCAACUCCUGUAGGAAACGAACGCGCACCAGAGUUGUCUUUAGUGAGAGAACAAGUCUGCGAAGCAGCUACUAGGCUCUGGUUAAACUAUGUGGUUUUGGAGAGAAAAUCGUCCUACAGAGUUCCCUGGGAAUUGCACAAUCAGAUCCAGUCCAAGAUCCAGAAGGUGACUGGUGGCUUGACGAGACUCGCGAGUAGAACAAAGGUCAGAAAGGAGGAGUCGAUUCGUGUGAGACUCAGGUUGCAUCAAAAUACCGUCGCUCAGUGGACGGAACAGCAGGUUGGAUUAGUGAGAGAACUGGCAGCAUCCAAGCGACUCCAGUAUCAGCAGACUUAUCAGCACACGCAGCGAUACGUUUACCAAGAGUGGUUGCAGACUGAAACAGAACUGACGAGAGAGAGAGGAUUGUGGGGACCUCCCACGCCAACUAUUUUAGACAAGUGGAUGCUGGAUAUGACUGAAGGCCCUUGCAGAAUGCGGAAGAAGAUGAUGAAGAAUGAACUCUUUUAUAUCCACUACCCCUACCGCCCUGAAUUGGAGCAUCCUGAUAACAAGCAACUCAAGUACAAAGUAGCGACGAGUAUUGAUAGCAAAGAUUACUAUUUGAAACAACUGGGGAACUCGUCGGGAAUGUUUGAGAGAGAAAGAGACCCAGUCAUAGAUGACACACCUCUUAAUGUUAACGAAACCUCGACUGAAAGCGAGCCUCCAAUGGUACCUUGCACUUUGGAAAGACACGCGAGUGAGCCAGAUGAAGCGCCUGAAGAUAUUGAACAGGAGGAGGAAAAUAACCAGACCGUGGUACCUGAUAAUCAAACCUUGCUUAGAUUAUUGGAAGAGCAUGAGAAGAUUAGUCACAUGUUCAGGGUAGCGAGGAUACAAGGAUUGGACACUACCGAAGGGCUUUUGUUAUUUGGCAAGGAACACUUUUACGUAAUAGAUGGGUUCACUUUGCUCAAGUCUAGAGAAAUUAGAGACAUUGAGAGUCUACCGGAAGCUUAUGAGCCGAUUUUGCCUUCGCCAGGAUCACCUAGAAGAUCAAGAGCUAUGCGGCAGUGCUCAAAGUUUAAUUAUGAAGAUAUCCGGGAGGUGCACAAGAGAAGGUAUCUCCUACAACCAAUGGCCCUGGAGGUUUUUAGUGGAGACGGUAGAAAUUAUUUGCUCGCUUUUCCAAGAAAGGUACGGAACAAAGUUUAUCAGAGAUUCAUGACCUUUGCUACUGCCAUCGCUGAUAGCGCACAGCAGUCUGUUGCUGGUCAGAAAAGAACUGCAAAUGUGGAACAAGCAACAGGAUUGCUCUCCAACUUGAUCGGAGAGACUUCUGUUACUCAAAGGUGGGUGAGAGGCGAGAUAUCAAACUUUCAGUAUUUGAUGCAUUUGAAUACACUAGCUGGUCGAAGUUACAAUGAUCUCAUGCAGUAUCCAAUUUUCCCUUGGAUACUGGCUGACUAUGACAGUGAGGAAUUGGAUUUAACGGAUCCCAUGACGUUUAGGGACUUUGGUAAACCGAUGGGAGCACAAAGUCCAGAAAGACUUUUGCAGUUUAAGAAAAGGUACAAAGAAUGGGAUGACCCACAUGGAGAGACUCCGCCAUAUCAUUAUGGAACUCACUAUUCCUCGGCGAUGAUUGUCUGCUCGUAUUUGGUGAGAAUGGAGCCCUUCACGCAACAUUUUCUAAGACUUCAAGGCGGACAUUUUGACCUGGCGGAUAGAAUGUUUAAUAGUGUAAAGGAAGCCUGGCUCUCUGCUUCAAAGCACAAUAUGGCUGAUGUUAAGGAACUCAUUCCAGAGUUUUUCUACUUGCCCGAGUUUCUUAUCAAUUCCAAUAACUUUGACCUGGGUUCCAAGCAAAGCGGCGUUUUACUUGGGGAUAUUGUUCUCCCGCCGUGGGCGAAACAGGAUCCUCGAGAAUUCAUCAGAGUACAUAGACUGGCUUUAGAAUGCGACUAUGUUUCGCAGCAUCUUCAUCAGUGGAUAGAUCUGAUUUUUGGAUGCAAGCAAAACGGCCCCGGAGCCGUUGAGGCUGUCAAUGUCUUCCAUCAUCUUUUUUACGAAGGCAACGUUGAUAUUUACAAUAUUGACGAUCCUCUCAAGAAAAACGCGACAAUCGGUUUCAUCAAUAACUUUGGCCAAAUUCCAAAGCAGCUUUUCAAGAAAUCUCAUCCAGCCAAAAAAAUGAAUCAGAGAACAAGUGUCAUAGACCCAGGACCAAUCACCCCGGGUCUUAGUAUCACAACCUCUGACAGACUCUUCUUCCAUAAUCUUGACAACUUGAAACCCUCUCUUCAGCCAAUAAAAGUAGAACUGAAAAGUCCCGUUGGGCAGAUUCUUCACAUCGACAAGUCGGUGUUGGCAGUCGAGCAAAACAAAACGCUGAUUCCCCCUACGUACAACAAGUACGUUGCUUGGGGUUUUGCUGAUCACUCAUUGAGAAUAGGUAAUUACGACAGUGAUAAGGCGAUAUUUGUCUGCGAAACUAUGAUGCAAAGCAGCGGAGAAAUCGUAGCAUGUGUCUGUCCAUCGUCGAAGCUUAUAGUCACUGCUGGAACAAGUUCUGUGGUAACUGUUUGGGAGUACGCAAGGCGACAACUAUCAAUAAAACAAUGCCUUUAUGGACACACUGAUGCUGUUACUUGUUUGUCGUCAAGUCCCGCUUAUAACGUCAUUGUUUCCGGAUCGAGAGACGGUACUGCCAUUAUUUGGGAUCUGUCGCGCUGUUUGUUCGUGAGGCAACUUCGAGGACAUGCAGGGCCAGUAGCUGCUGUUGCUAUUAAUGAUUUAACGGCUGACGGAUUACCGUUUAUGCAACCUCGUAUCUCCUCCAUUAGACAAAUUUUUGCGGAGGGAGAAACUUCAAAUAUUUAUGGAGGCCUAGAAAGGACCAGGGAGGACGACAGGGACAACAGAGACAAGGAAGCUCAGUAUCAAGGAAAGAAUAAGGAUUCUCGACCUGGAAAGCUGACGAAAAAGGAGCUGGACCGAGAAAUAAAAGAAAGAAAAGAUAGAAAAAAAUCAUGUCAUAAUCAGAGGAUUCAGACCAACCGGGAGGAACCAGCAGAGGUCAAAGGAAUCAGGUUCAACAAUGAAGAGUUUUUGGUGGACUUGCAUUCUUGGAGAGACAAAAUGUCCAUAAUGAGAAGAAAAUCCAAAUUCAGAGGGACCAGCAUCUGGAUUGCGGACAACUUGACCGACAGAGAGCUUCAAAUACAGAAGUGGAUCACGAAUGUAGCUGAGGAAGAAGCAGGACAUGGAACAGCAGUGAGGACGGGCUACAUGAAAUGGAAGAUUGGUGAAGAUUGGUUCUUCUGGAACGGGGAAGAAGGGGGACUCAGAAAGAAUUUUUUUCAAAAGGCAAGCAGAGAAAAUGAGUGCUUAGUAAUGAUAGGUGAUUGGAACACUAGAGUAGGUGGGGUCACAGAGGAGAGCCCAGAGAUGCAGUACGAGAAUGGCAAUAAAAAUCUGCGAAACUCGGAGGACGAGUUGGUGAACGCCGAGGGCACUCUUGUAAAAAGUGGUUCAGAAAGUAGUCUAUCAGAAGCGGAAAAUGUUAAAGAAGCUUCGAGAUUACUUGAGGAAAAAGAAGAAUGUUCAGAAAAUGAGUCGAGCAACGGAUCAGGCAACAAGCUAUCACCUCAAAGUAAUUCCUCGUCGGCAGUAGUACUUAGGAGAAAAAGUCGAGGCAAUCCCUUGUUUAGGAAGAGCGAAGGUGGCGGACGAGCUGACAGUGAAGGAGCUCAAAUUAGUGAAUCUGCCAGCAGUACUAUGGAUAGUGAAGUUGCAAUGAGGACUAGUAAAAGCGAUACGAGUUUAACAGACAGUUUUGUAGUAGUGAAUGAAGCUGACACUAAACCGAAGAGGAUUAACCCACAAAAUAUUUUAAGAGAUGGAUUUAAGUGGCAGAGACAACUAGUAUUCCGAAGUAAACUAACAAUGCACACUGCCUACGAUCGGAAAGACAAUGCCGAGCCUGCCUCUAUAACUGCACUGGCAGUGUCAAGGGAUCAUAGAACCAUUUACGUCGGUGACACCAGAGGACGAGUAUUUUCCUGGUGUGUUUGUGAACAACCAGGCCGAACAGUUGCCGAUCAUUGGUUGAAGGACGAGGGAGCCGAUUCGUGUGUAGGUUGCGGAGUGAGAUUUACUCUCUAUGAGAGGAGACAUCACUGCCGGAAUUGUGGACAAGUUUUCUGUAACAGGUGUAGCAGAUUCGAGUCCAAGAUCUCUAGGCUCGGAAUCCUGAAGCCGGUAAGAGUCUGUCAAGGUUGCCAUUCUACCCUGCGAACACAGCUUUCUACGGACAGCAAUACUUAGAAAAAUAGUAGGAUAGUUUGCAAUACCGUUAUCCAAAUCAAUUCGACAAAUUCAGAUAAUUUGUAUAUAGCGAUCAAAAAGAGCCAUUUUUCGUUUAGUGAUUUUUUGAAUAUAUUAGAAGAUGUGCAGACAUUCCAGAGAGUAUAUAGUUUUUAGACAAAUAGUUCACAAUGGUUAUAGUUUUAAAAUAUUAUUCAGGUGAAAGAUUUUUUCUGCCUGUCUAUUCUUCCAAUAAUUCAUGCGUAGCAUCUGUCCUGAAACUUUUUUUAAGUUCUUGAGUUGUCUUGAAAGUUUUAUUUUUAUCUGUUUUUUAAACAUUUUCUUCAGAAUAUAUGAAUAUUGUUUCCUUUUUUUAUUUACCAUCUUUUUCAAAACAUUUAAGCAAUCUAAACUUUAGAUUAAAUCUUUUUGAUUGUCUUGUUGAUUGGAAUAAAAUGUACAAGAACUAAUAAUAUUUAUCGUAGAAGGGAGAUUGAGAUGAUUAGUAAAGAUUCCUCUCACGUCGGCAAAGUAGUCGUAUUUGCGUUCUACGGGAAAAAGAUCUUUCUAUUUUAUAAACACUUGUAAGACGGGUGAAGAAAGGUGCAAUUGUAACCAAACUUAUUGUGAGCUCCUGGGCUUAUUCAAAUAGCAUAUAUAACCCUAUAAUAGACAAUACUGUACCUUCAUAGAAAAAUUGGAAUGAUAGUUUCUACUAGCGUAAUAUGUAACGAGCAAUUGAUAUUAUAAAAAGCCGUUCACUUGUUUACAAGUCAAUGCGAAAAUAUUUACAUUUAUCGUGUAUAGCUACAUAAUUGAUCGAAGAGAGGUGAUUUUUACUUUCAAGGGUAAACAAAUUACACGAGUUCAGAGAUGCUUGAUUUUUUAAGUAUAAAAAUAUAUAUUCUGCAAAAGACUCUACCACUCGAGUGUUUUGAAAAUGUCAAUCAUUUGUUUUCUAAACUGGAAGAAAAGGGACAGAAUAAUAAUGUAUAAAAAUAUCAUUAUUCAUUACCAAAGAUACAAAAAUAACAAAAACAUUUCGCACUUGUAGAAUCAUUUUUUCUUAGAGUCGUUGACGAAUGUCAUGUAGAAUUACUUAGUCUUUAACCCAAAAGACAAGGAGUCGAUUCAAAAUAAAAGGUCACUUUUCAGAUUUUAUAAUCAACUUUUUUUAAUCCUCUAUUAGUUUUUGUUGUAUAAAACAUAAAGGAGAUCUGAUUAAUUGCUGCUAAGAUAGUGUUUUUUUUUAUAGUUGAGUUUAUAUGUAUGUAAGAUUGUAUUAUUGUUGUCUUAUUGUAAUUAUAUGCGAUUUCGUUGUUUUGUGAUUGCCCAACUCACGACGGAUAUGAAGCACUGUGAAAAUAUAUAAAUAAUAGAGAGCUAAUAAUUAUGCUGUAGCGAUGGCACAAGAAUAAUUUCUAGUCAAAUGUUUGUUUUUAGUGCCUUUGAACUCCCGUUGGGUACCAAAGGAAAUUGUUUUUUUUGUGUGAAAACCUGAUUUCGAUAUUCCUUAACAGUAUUAAAUUUGAUUUUUUUAUAUAUCGUUUGUAUAUACUAUUUAUUACUAGGGGAACCUUUUUGUAAUGAUCAACUGUAUAUUUUUUUACACGAAUGAAACUUUUUUGAAAUCGGGAAUCCACGGAUAAUGGUUGGUUGACCGCAGGCUUUGCUGCAAGCAAUUUUUAAUCACAUUUCACGAUUACCAAUUAAUGAGAAUAAGACUUAAGACUUUUUUAUAAUAAAUCGAGUUCCAAUAACUCUCUUCAGAUAAUUCAAGUCUGAACGUCUAAUUUCACACAUUCAACCUACAUUUUUGUACACGCAGUACAUUUUCGACUCUGCAACAAUGAUUGGGCUUAAAUUGAAUUUAUUGACGCUGUCGACACUUUCGGAUUUGUAAAGUAUCAAUAAAUUCGAAUUUAAGUCUCAGGUUUCAAAAAUCACGUUAACUCGAUGAAGCGCAGCAAAGCGAACAAUGAACACAUUCAUUUUUAUUCUCUGAUUUUCUGAACGUUUCCUAUUGAAAUCAGCAUCUCAAAAUUUUAAUUUUAUUAGGAGCGAGAGAAUAGUUAUUAGGGUAUAAAGCCCAAAUCAAAGCUUUUAUUUCUUGAAACGUUGAAAAUGAAUUUUUAUUUUUAAGAAAUAUUUUUUAUGAUUUUGUGAUUUCCUUGUACUUUCAAAUAUUAAGAUAAUGAGAAUUAACGUUUUUGGAAAUAAAUGUUUUGAUUUUCGCUAGGUACCCCGGUAGAAAUUUGUAUUUGGAAGAGCACGCGAUAGCGUCUAUCACGUGGAUGAUAGAUUUAUUGAUUGAACUGUAAUAUGGGACGAUUAUUUUGUAUAUAAAUUAAUCAUGGAUCGCCUAGCGAUCUACGAUAACGAUAAAGCGACUGGAUUCAGUGUAUCACAGUGCCCAUGUGAAUAUACGUGUUCGCGUGAGUGUAAAAACUAUACCAUGCGCGCAUUAUGUGUAAUGUAUGAAUUAUGAAUACUUAUACAUAACAAUGAAAGCAUUAUUUACAUUGUAUGUAAUUAGAUUUAUUGUAGUGAGUAAUCGAAAGAUACUGUAUAGUAGAUGUUGUUCGCAAUAUAUAAUCGUAUGUGAGUGGGUUA